AUGUGGAACAUCCCGCCCAUUAACACCAGAAUCAAAGAGCACAAAACUUCAACCAUCAAGCCAGACAGUAAUCUGCCAUCUCGGACCCUAUCAGCAACUGCCCAAAUCACAUCAACUGGGAAAACGUCCAAAUCCCCUCCAACAAAGUCCAAAUCCUCUCAAACCCUCUCCAACAACGUCCAAAUCCUCUCCAACAACGUCCAAAUCCUCCCCAACCCUCUCCAACAACGUCCAAAUCCCCUCCAAUCCUCUCCAGCAACGUCUAAAUCCUCUCCAACAACGUCCAAAUCCUCUCCAACCCUCUCCAACAACGUCCAAAUCCUCUCCAACCCUCUCCAACAACGUCCAAAUCCUCUCCAACCCUCUCCAACAACGUCCAAAUCCUCUCCAACCCUCUCCAACAACGUCCAAAUCCUCUCCAACCCUCUCCAACAACGUCUAAAUCCUCUCCAACCCUCUCCAACAACGUCUAAAUCCCCUCCAACCCUCUCCAACAACGUCCAAAUCCUCUCCAACCCUUUCCAACAACGUCCAAAUCCAAAUCCAAAACGUUGCAAUGUUCUUCGGCGAAAACAGAGGACUUCAAAUUUAAGCAAACAUUGUCACGAUAUUAUUCAGCGAGACCAGUAA